AUUUGUUUUACUUCUGCUGUUAGUUAGUCGAUUGUUGAGUUUAAAGCCUUGAUUUUGAGUACUAUCUUCUGGGUUCGCUCGCAUAAAAUAUCACUACUCGAUCAACUUUAGGAUUCAAGAAGAUCAUAUCUGUUUGCUUGUUUUGUCCUUUACUUGUCAAUUGGGUUCUUAAUCUUGUGUCACUUGUGUGUGUUCAGAUGCUUUGGUUUCACUCAUGUGCAUCUCACAUAAAAUAACGUUCUAGACUGGUCUGGAAUCUCUUAGUUUGCCGUGUUCAUCUAGUUUUCUACCAAAAACACAUGAUCUCAUGUAUGUUCUCUUUUCAUUUCUCUCUUGUAGGCUGGUAGAAAUGGAUGAAGAUUGUUGUUGAAACUUCUUGCUGCUUUCUGUGCUACUAGUUCAUACUUCAUAUAUGUGCGGUGGUGGUGGUGGCGGUGCUUGGAGCUAGUGAAGAGUAAGAACAACAAGAGAUUCUGGUCUAUUAUCAUAUAUGCUGAAAUCUAGUAAACAUACUAGUCAUCGAGCUUGUGACUGUUGGAGGAACAGCACAAGAAGAUCCGAGAAGCUUUUCUUCAGAUGUUAUCCGCUGAAAAACUUCCACGAGAUCCCCCAUGUCCUCCUCCACAGCUGAUCAAAGAGGUAGAUCUAUCAAAGCAAACCCUUAUUGAUGAUAACAGCAACAGCCCACUUCCCAAAUUCUCCAUAAGAGAUUAUGUUUUUACUGCCCGGCGCAAGGAUCUCAAGACCAACUGGCCUUUUUCUCAGAAAAAUUUGCAACGUUGUAUGAAACAUGGCGUGAAGGAUGUCUUGCCGCCAUUUCAGAGUCUUGAUUCAGUGAGGAACCAACCCCGUAAGAUCAGAUGUACGGUUGAAGAUGAAAACCGAAGCAAUCUUAAUAUUGCAGCACCUUAUGUGCAUGUGGAUCAUGAUCAUGUGGCAUUAGACUCGUCCAACAAUGCAGGAUUGAAGGAGACAAAGCUAGCAGAAGCUUGCACAGUAACUACAACGAUUUCAUGCAGGUCUGAAGGAGAAAAUGAUUUCCCAUCAACAAUUACCAGCAUUUCUCAAUCUGAAAUAGAAGAGUCACUUCCCAUCAACAGGCCAUCAAGUUCAGCAGUAGAAACUGAUACUUCUUUGGAAGCUGCUUCAGCUGAAGUAAAAGCUGCAGGUCCUACUGUUGCCAACAAGACUGGAAGAACAAACCGACCACCCUUGGGUAAGAAGUGCAGAUUGGUAGUGAAAUACAAUAGCCACUCGGAGAGAAACUCAAAGGAAGAUAUUGCUUCUAAUUGCUCUACCAUUUCUGAAACAAUGACUUCGAAAGUUUGUCCAGUUUGUAAAACCUUCUCAUCGUCAUCUAAUACCACCUUGAAUGCUCAUAUCGAUCAGUGUCUUUCUGGGGAGUCAACCCCUAAGUGGACUGUGGAGGAGUCCAAGGUAACAACAAGGCAUAGAAUUAAGCCAAGGAAGACAAAGUUGAUGGUGGAUAUAUAUGUUACUGCUCAACAUUGUACGCUGGAAGAUCUUGAUAGAAGAAAUGGUUCAAGCUGGGCCUCUACUAUUUCAAAUUUUUCUACUAUGCGUGAUAAAGAGAAAUCUUAUCUGCCUGCUGAAGAGAAAAGGCAGCGAGUGUCCUCAGUUUAUCCUGAGCCAGAUGACAUUGAUGUUGGUGCAGUUUAUGUCGAUGCCAGUGGCACCAAACUUAGAAUUUUGUCCAAGUUUGAUCAUGUACCAUCCUCACCAGCUUCUAAAGUGUUAGAGCAUCUUCGACCAAUAAAACCUCUGAAAGGAGGUAAAGGAAGCAAAUUUCUUUCUGCCAAAAAGAAAAAGCACCACAAGUACCUUAAACUUGCUCCUCAAAGCAGAAAUCUUUUAUCUCCCAAGGCUCAUUCUUCUGAGUAUCGUGAGGAUGAAGCAAGCUAUGGAGUGAAAGAGAGCUGCAAAGAGGGACGACAUCAACUGAAGAAGCAGGUCAAUCCCUAUAAUCCUUUAGCUUUAAAAUCGUGGGCAUGCUCCAAACGCACGGGUGUUGGAAAGAAAUUGCUCCAGAAGGAUGACCAUCCAGCUGUGAAAAGUAAAUUGCACACAUCUCGUAACCUUCUGGUUGAGAGGGAUGAAACAUGUUUGCCUGUGGAGGGGAAUUGUGUUCGAAAUUUCUCAGUAAAUUCAAUUUCUUCCUCUGAAAGAAGUUCAAGCACUGAGAAUGAUUUUUCUGACUCCCUAUCAAGUGAAAAGAGUGACUGCUCUCCUCUGAGAAAGCGAGCAGGAAGUCCCGUUUCUGAGGCUGGCAUGAAUGAGAUCAUUGAGAGGUCCCUUAAGCGGAAUUCUCGUCAGUUUAGUAACCACAGCAAUUUUGCUCAUGACGGGGACUAUGAACCUAUGUUGAGCAACACUACUGAAACUCCAACUAAAAGUUAUGGUAGUCAUCCUGAUGCUAGUGAAGAACAACCAUCUAAGGGUCGUGGUGCUUCCAGAUCAAACUCCAUGAAGUUUCCCUCAUCAAAAGAAAUAUCAUCUGUUGGUGGUCAGUUAUCCUUAACUGAAAAUGAUGCUGCUUUUGUUAAGAAACAUUCAGCUGUUAAAAAGUCACAAGUGCACAAAAGGUCAGAAAUUGAUAAAGACACUAUGGACUGGGAUUCUGAGGAUGAUCGAGGGUAUGAUUUCAUGUAUAAUUAUGCUGGAAAGCAGUCAAGAAGAGUAGAUAAUACUAAUGAAGCGUCUCCUCGCAGAAGCACUGUGUUACAAACGCGACAAAAUAGAGGCUCCAUGAGUUACUCGGGGAGGAGGGAAUCCGUGGCCUCAGAGAGUUCCCAGUUAGUGCCCGUGCACUCUGGAUAUGAUGUGAGGAAAGAAAUGGAUGCUUAUGGUACUGUUGGUGAUAAAUUUGUUACCAAGGUUGGUUGCAUUCUUGAUCAAGUCUCUGGUGAGGACAUUAUUACUGAAUCGUCUUCCCUAAUAGGUGUCGGGAAGACUGUUUCUAGACUUUGUAAUCCAGUUGAUCCUGAACCUAACAUGCUGGGACACCAUUCCAAAGCCAGUUCCAGUUUUCAAUACAAGGGAUCUUUAUCCGAAACCAAAGCACUGACAAGUUCGACUGAUCCAAGAAUUAAUGAUGAACAAGACAUGUUUUGUGCUGAUGAAGUUGAAGAUGGUACUAUUCGGCAUAGUGCAAAGGGAAUGUACUCUGAAGUGAGGCAGGGAAGCUAUUUCACUGAGGUUGAUCCAAUACCAAUACCAGGACCACCCGGAUCAUUUUUGCCAAGUCCUAGGGAUAUGGGUUCAGAUGAUUUUCAUGGGAACUCUUCAUUAACCACAAGCCGGGUUCAAUCAUCUCAGGAUCAGCUUGAUUUUGUUGAUGGGAAUACGUCAGAUUCACCUAUUUCUACAACAUCAUCCAUCUCUCAUUCUGCAGGCACAUACCAGGAUGGGAAAUUUUCUGAACCAUUAUCAUCCAAGGGUUCUCUAUCUGUUCAAGAGAAGAUUCAACCAGGUGUGUCAUCAGGUGCAGCUAGUGAUGCCUCUGUAGAAACUGAUGCUGCUGCACUUCAACAGAUAAAUGGACAUCUAGCAGAAAGACUUGCUUUUGACAGAGAGAACUGCAGACUCAACAAGGCAUCACUUGAGAAGGGACCUUUUGGCUUCAAAAGUAAAGAUGAUCAGCCUUGCUGCUGUCAAAGGAAGGAGAGAAAUUCUCAAGGCCUUUCUUUAAAUUUUCAAGAGUCACCGUUAUUACGGCGACGAGCAAUGGCUUCGGUGAUACCAGCAACCAUGGGAAAGCAGGUGGGUAGUUUAAACAGCAGAACCGACAAUGCAGAGAUAAGGUCUGACAUGACAGACAUGUUCUCUCUGAAUGGUUGCCCAACCUCAAGACCGGAACAGGUGUCCAUCCCUUUUGCAACGUCCCCUUUUGUUCCGGUUCCUAUGAAAGGUUCUCCUGAUGGAAAAGGGAAGUUUUCAAGUCACAGUGAUUCUGGUUCUUCUGUCAGUCCAUCUGCUUCUAAUUCCGUACUCAGGCUGAUGGGAAAGAAUUUGAUGGUGGUUAACAGAGAUGAAGAUGUGUCACCGAUACAACCUGGCCAGGCCAAACCACACACCCAUAUGAACCAUACAACUUCACAGUUUUCGACAUUCUCACGAGGAGUUUCUCCUGGAAGUCUUCAGAACCAGGUCUACCCUUCCUUUCAUCAUAAUCUGGCUCAUGGCUCAGUAAUCGUAGGCCAGGAUUCAUAUAAUCAAAUGGGGGAUUGUUUUGAUGGAAUGCCCUUGAAUAAUUUUAGAAGCGAUAGUAAUCCGAAUGUGCCACCAGUGUUUGCUAGAGUACCUCCAAGCUUGUGUCGACAACAGCAUACAGAUGGUGGUUUCGUGGCAUCCAUGGAAUCUCAGGAGUACAAAGGUGGUUACCAUUUUCCAAUCCCGCUACACAAGUCUGCAAGCAAACCCAUUGGAGCAUCUACAUUUCACAACAAUGCGAGUUCUGCUUUGAGUGGCAAUAAAGAAAUAAUUGUCAUUGAUGAUUGUGAAGCUGAUCAUCUUAAUGCUGAAAACUACUCUGAUCGGUUGAGGGAAAGCCAUGUAGCUUCUUCUGGAAUUUUGAUUCCAGCAUCGAGUUAUAACUCAAAAGGACCACAUCCGUCUUUGCCUUGUUACCGGUCACAGGAACAACCAUCUUUACUUUGUGGAUCACCAGUUUUUUACAACACAAGCUUUCAUGCAAUUCCAUCUAGGCUAGCUGAUGCAAGUCCUGUUAGAUGGAACUGUACUACAGAUGGUUCUGGUCUGCUGCAGAAGAGUCCUUUUCAUGCAACAACACCUUCGAGAGGUCUUCAUAUGAGAUCAACACUUUAUAAUCCUCCGAGCUUGUCAUAGAAAAGAAGAAGCGUUUGGAAAUGGAUUUUCUUGAGCGCAACCAGGUGUUUGCAUGACCAAACGUGUACUGAUCAUAAAAGGGCUCCGAUUUCUAGAGACUUCUGGUAAUGCCAAGAAAGAGGCGGCCUUGAUCCAAGGAUAGAGAGAGGACAUAUAGUUUUACUGUACCAGAUGAUGCUGGUCGAAAGUUAUGCAGCUUUUUCAGGCUUCUUCUGCUUAGGCAUGCAUAUGCUUUUGGCUAAACCCAGAAGAGUUUAGGCAAAGUACAAGCAAUAUCAAGGAAUAAUAUAUAUAGUUGACAUAAUAGCUUGGCUCAAAGCCACGAAAUUGAGCAAUAUGAAGAGUCGAGCAUUUCGAUCUAAAUUGAAACACGUAUUUAUCUUCUUUUCUGUGCUCUUUCAUUUUUAAGAUUAUUGCCACAUAAAAUCAUAAAUGUUGAGUAUAUAUAUUUGUAUUGUUUUUUAUUCAUGGGAUCGAGCCUUUGUAGGAAAUAAUUACACCGUCUAGU